AUGGGUGUACGAUCAGAAGAUCAUUGGUUGGAGCCCACGUUCGGCCACAACGAGUGUCCCGACCCGGGCAUCCCGAUAAAUGCGAGACGCUUCGGGGACAACUUCCAGCUGGGUAGCUCCAUCUCAGUGAUCUGUGAGGACGGCUUCAUCAAGACCCAGGGGUCCCAGACCAUCACCUGUGAGCUGGACAACGGCAAGGUGAUGUGGAGCGGACCCAUCCCUAAAUGUGAAGCACCCUGCGGAGGCCACUUCUCCUCUCCCAGUGGGGUAAUCCUGUCCCCAGGGUGGCCUGGAUACUAUAAAGGCUCCCUCAGCUGUGAGUGGGUCAUCGAGACCGAGCCCGGACGCUCCAUCAAGAUCACCUUUGACAAGUUUCAGACAGAGCUGGGCUAUGACUUCCUGGAGAUCCACGAUGGGCCCAACCUGCUCUCUCCUCUGGUCGGCUCAUUCAACGGUACCCAGGUGCCCCAGUUCCUGUUCAGCAGUACUAACCACCUGUACAUGCUCUUCACCACCGACAACAGCCGCUCCAACAGUGGAUUUAAGAUCAUCUAUGAGAGCGUGACCGUGGACACCUACUCCUGCCAGGACCCGGGCUUCCCGGUCAACGGGUUGCGUUACGGUCAAGACUUCACCAUCGGUUCGACUGUGUCGUUCGGCUGUGACCCUGGAUACAGGCUAAGCCACGAGGAACCUCUGGUCUGUGAGAAAAACCACUGGUGGAGCCAUCCUCUGCCCACCUGUGAUGCGUUGUGUGGAGGGGACGUGCGAGGGCCCGGCGGCACCAUCCUGUCUCCUGGAUAUCCUGAGAUGUAUCCCAGCUCACUCAACUGUACCUGGACUGUGGAGGUCAGCCAUGGCAAAGAUUGGCAAAGGAGUCAAUUCACCUUCAACAACUUCCACCUGGAAGAUCACCAUGACUACCUGCUCAUCACAGAGAAUGGAAGCUUCAUCCAGCCCCUGGCGCGCCUCACGGAUCUCAAUCUCGAGAGUGACUACAAAAACCAUGGUAUCCGUUGGUGCCAGAUCUCCAAUCUCGAGAGUGACUACAAAAACCAGGGUAUCCGUUGGUGCCAGAUCUCCAAUCUUGAGAGUGACUACAAAAACCAUGGUAUCCGUUGGUGCCAGAUCUCCAAUCAUGAGAGUGACUACAAAAACCAGGGUAUCCGUUGGUGCCAGAUCUCCAAUCUUGAGAGUGACUACAAAAACCAUGGUAUCCGUUGGUGCCAGAUCUCCAAUCUUGAGAGUGACUACAAAAACCAUGAGAAAAACAUUAAGAAAUGGGAUUCUUGA